AUGACUUCACCGGCUGGCAUCAUUUUCACACCACCUCUUGGGACAACCUUACGAGUCUCUAGAUUGAGUGGAGCAACAUUGUCACUCUUUGCUACGAGCCCGAAAUCUGUCAACCUUGUUGCCGAGUUCGGGGAUGGAACAACAAUACCUCUGGAGCAAACCGAUACCCCAGCUGUAGGGGGAUUGCUCACAUACAAAGUCACGAUCCCCAAGCCUAACAGGGUUCCUGCAUGCAUUAGACUGCGCCAUGCCGACGGCAAAUCAAUCUCAGACUUGGGCUCCGGCCAGGACAUUUUAACGUUAAUUGACGUCCCAACGAUUUCUAGCGACCGCGAAUUCAGCACCAGCAUCACUCUUUCGGCAUCUGAAGAUACCACAAGCAUGGUCUUGGACUGGCUGAACGACAUGGCCUGGCAAGGAUGGGCUUGGCAGCGUAUGCGACCGACGUGGAUUGAAGCCCAAUUUGUGACUUGUCUCUCUACCCUAGCGCCGGACAAACUUACACACUGCCUGUUGCUGCGACCAUCCGAUACGAAACAGGGUGAGCAGUUGGCGCCUGAGACAGUCUUGGCUGUGUUUCCAGCGAGCUCCAACGACGCGUUUGUUACUCUGACUGGUCCUCGAGACAACGAGGCUCCAGGUGUGUAUGCGCGUGUCCGAAGAGUCGGUGCAGUUGGCAAAGAUAUUGCUGUUCACGUCACUGGGAGCUUGAAAGCCAGAAAGGGCGAAGAGACUGCGAUUCAUGAUGCCGUACAGCUCGCGCGGCGUCUUUAUGGUCUUACCCCAACACGAUUUGAAGUGACAGCUGGAAAGAGCCCGUUCGACAGGCUGGGCUUCUGCACUUGGAGCAGCAUCGGUGAAAAUGUGCCACUUAACAAGACCAACAUGACCGAGCUGACCCAGCUAUUGAAGAAGGAUGCCAAAUACGUGCCUGUGGGCAGUUUCAUUAUUGAUGAUGGCUGGCAGGACAUUCGACAUGGUCUCAAUGGUCAUCCCAAUGCAAGAGGACUCUGGAGCUUUGAUACCUGGGAUGGUAUGGGAUGCAGCCUCGCCGACCUAGUUGCUAUGAUCAAGACUGAACUGACCUCGGUCAAAGAGGUUGGUGUCUGGAUGACAUUGACAGGCUACUGGAACAGCGUGGCACCGGGGUCGCCUCUAGAGACGAAAUACGGCAUGGUUCGAUACAAUAUUGCACGGUCCAAUGUCCCUGGGCAGGAUUGGACGCUCCCGGACUUUGACAACCAACAAUCAGGAACUAUCAACGAUGCUGAAGGUCGCUACUACUUGCUUCCUCCACCAGAGCGGGCGGCCGAGUUCUGGAGCGACUAUUUUGGUACCUGCGCUGCUGCAGGGGUCGACUUUGUCAAGGUAGAUAACCAGGCCUAUGGCUCGUUCCUUGAGGGUGUUCAAGGCGGGCAAGAGUUUGUUGCGCUUUGGGAUGCUAUGUUUACGGCUGCCAACCAGACCUUUGGACAUCACCGAGUGAUUCACUGCAUGGCACACUAUGAGCGCAUAUUCAGCGGCGAUAUUGGUCUCGGGGCUGCGACUAACAACCAGAAGAUCGUCAUUCGCAACUCAGAUGAUUUUGGCCUCGAUCGCCCAGAUGUGCACAGAGACCACAUACACUAUAACUUGUACAACGCCCUGCUUCUGGAUCAACUGUCUUGUAUCCCAGAUGCGGACAUGUUCAUGACGAGCGCUCAAUGGCCUCAAUACCAUGCCGUUCUCCGCGCAUUCUUCUCUCAUGGUCCCGUGCUCUUGGCCGAUUUGCCUGGAACGUGGGACGUCGAGGUUGUGAAGAAGCUGAUUGCACCGGAUACCAAGGGCGAAUGCACCGUCGUUCGGGGAAUCCGGACAGCCAGGCCAUUGCCACGGAACAUCUGGGAAAAGACACUGGAUCAUGGCCCUGGCCCCAGUAUUAAGGCUGCAUCUCCAUUUGGCAAACACGGAGCUGCAAUUAUUCUGUGGAAUGCGAGGACAGGGGCUCGUGAUAACACGGCCGAUAUUCUUUUCAAGGGAGAUAUCAUCGAUACGCUAGGCGAGGUAGUGAAGGGCCCAGGAAAUGUCUCCAACAAUGAAUACGCGCUAUGGUUGAGCAAUGCCAAUCGGGCUGCCUCGUUUCAAAUGGAACAAGGCAUCAAAGAGACGUUGGCCCUUGACACGGAGAGAAUGAAUGCUGUCCUAUCGGUAUCCCUACCGCCAGCUACGAUGGAGAUUGUUACGGUAGCCCCGCUAUGGCGCAUUGGAAAUAUGAAAAUCGCGGUUCUCGGUCUUGUUGAUAAGUAUGCAGGAUUGAGUGCCAUCAAGAAUACCUGGACUGAAGAAGAUGGCGUGGUUACUGAAGUGCGCUUGGCCGGUGAGCUGGGAAUUCUUUUGCAUGCAAGCAGCACAGACUCAAGGCCCAGGGUUAUGGUAGACGGGGAACUGGUUUCUGUCAUUGAAAGAAGAGUUGGGCUCGAGAGUAAUGGCGAUGACCCAAGUUUAUUGACGGUGGAUUUGACAGAGAUAAAUUCAGUCGAUGGAAAGGACUUCUACACGGUCCAGGUGAGAUUCUAG